ACCCCCUUCGAAAGAAAAAAAAACCUUAUUAGACCAAGAAAUAAAAUACUGAAAAUACUUUCAUCUCAUCUUUUCUUUGUUUCUUUAAAAUUUUCAAAUCUAAGUUUGAAUGUCUUCACUAAACGAUAAAUAAUCCCACUGAUUAUUUAUCUAUCCAAAUUAUUUGAGUCUGACAUAGACUUCCACUUUAGUGUGCUCCAACCUUUUAGAUAUAUAUGUGUACCAAACUCUUGCGUUUUUGGAAAUUGGAAUGAGUUAACAUAUUCACCAUGGAGGUUGAAGGUAGAGCAAGCAAUGAUAACUCUCUCACUCUCAACCUAGAACAUGGUCAAGAAGACAAGAAUAUCUCAAAUGAUUCUUAUGACCUUUCCACUGCUCAUACUAUUGACAAAGAUUCAUGGCAACAAGUGGGGUUGAUGUUGGUGACAGGCUUCAACUGUGGUUGGAUAUUCAGUUUCUCUAACCUGAUAAUGGUUCCAUUAGGUUGGACAUGGGGUAUCAUAUUGCUCUUUGUUAUUGGACUCUACACAGCUUAUGCUAAUUGGCUCUUGGCAGCUUUUCAUUUCAUCGACGGUCGUAGGUUCAUUCGAUAUAGAGACCUCAUGGGAUUUGUUUACGGAACGAAGAUGUAUCACCUAACAUGGACUUCUCAGUUUUUGACCCUUCUUCUUGGGAACAUGGGUUUCAUCCUCCUUGGAGGCAAGGCACUUAAGGAAAUCAACGCAGAAUUUAGUGAUUCUCCUUGGAGACUUCAAUACUACAUAGUAGUAACAGGAGCAGCAUACUUCAUUUUUUCCUUCUCCAUUCCAACAUUAUCUUCUAUGAGAAAUUGGCUAGGAGCUUCAGCUGUUGUCACUCUAGCAUACAUAGCAUUUCUUGUCAGUGUUGCAGUCAAAGAUGGGAAAUCAAAUUCGGACAAGGAUUACAGUGUUAGUGGAAGCAAAGUGAACAAAGUGUUCAACAGUUUUGGUGCUAUUUCUGCUAUCAUUGUUACCAACACUAGUGGCAUGCUUCCUGAGAUACAGUCCACUCUACGUAAGCCAGCUGUGAAGAACAUGAGGAAAGCCUUGUACUCACAAUAUACAGUAGGAGCCUUGUUUUAUUAUGGUGUUACUAUUGUUGGAUAUUGGGCUUAUGGGUCAAUGGUAUCUUCAUAUCUUCCUGAAAAUCUAAGUGGUCCUAGAUGGAUCAAUGUGCUCGUUAAUGUCAUCGUCUUUCUUCAGUCUGCAGUUUCUCAACAUUUAUUUGUGGUACCAAUUCAUGAGGCUUUGGACACUAGAUUUCUAGAAAUUGGCAAGGGUAUGCAUUCAGGGGAGAAUUUGAAACGCUUAUUUCUCCUAAGGAUGUGCUUCUAUACUGGGAAUACAUUCAUUGCUGCAGCAUUUCCUUUUAUGGGUGACUUUGUAAACUUGCUAGGCUCAUUUUCACUAGUUCCUCUUACCUUCAUGUUCCCAAGCAUGAUCUUUCUUAAGAUAAAGGGAAAAACUGCUAGAACAGAGAAGAAGGUGUGGCAUUGGAUCAACAUUGUCGUUUCAUUUCUACUUACAAUAGCAACCACAAUUUCAGCUCUUCGGUUCAUAAUCAACAACGUUCAAAAGUAUCAAUUCUUUGCCGAUGUAUGAUUGUGGAUUGCUAUUUCAUCAACUAUAUGCCUUAAUUUCAGUAAGAAAUGGAAUUGAUCUUACAUAUACAUUUGAUGAGAAACCAUUACAGAAUUGAAAAAUGUAAAAUCAUUGUAUAGUUGUGGUUAAAUCCACCAUAACUAUUGUUAUAAGGAAAGUUGUCGCGCAAAAA